AUGGAUUAUCCAAGGAACAUGUUUGAUGCCAUGUCUGAAAGAGAUGUAUUUCUUUGGAACACGUUAAUCAGGGGUUAUGCGGAUCGGGGACCUUGCCAUGAAGCUAUAUUUUUGUACAGAAAAAUGCAUCAAAGUGGUUUUUCACCUGAUAAUUAUACUUUUCCCUUUGUAGUUCGGUCUUGUGCAGUGCAGUCGGCUUUGAGAGAAGGGACAGAAGUGCACUGUAACAUUAUUAAAAAUGGGUUUAGUUCCGAUGUAUUUGUUCAAAGCUCCUUGGUGAGUAUGUAUGCACAGAAUGGUGAAACUUUGAACUCUGAGCUUGUCUUUAACAAAAUGGUUGUGAGGAACAUAGUUUCCUGGACUGCCAUGAUAGCAGGCUAUGUGAAAAAUGGGUUUUAUAAAGAAGGGUUGACUGUUUUGCGAGACAUGGUGGCUUCAGGUUCCCAGCCAAAUGUGGUUACACUAGUCAGUAUCCUUCCUGCUUGUGCUAGUUUAGAAUUUUUGGAUUUAGGAAACCUGAUUCAUGGUCAUGGAGUUAAAGUUGGAUUUGACUCAGAUAUGUCACUAAUGAAUGCUUUGAUUGCGUUUUAUGGUAAGUGUCGAAAUCUUGAGACAGCAAAAUCUUUAUUUGAUGGGUUGGUAGUGAGAAAUUUGGUCUCGUGGAAUGCAAUGAUUGCUGCUUAUGAACAGAAUAAAGCAGGAAUGCACGCAAUAAAGCUCUUUUGUAGGAUGCAAAAUGAAAAUGUGGAGUAUGACUAUAUCACAAUAGUCAGUGUUAUUUCAGCCUGUGCUAGCUCGGGUGCAUUGAACACUGGGAUAUGGUUGCAUGAGCUUGUCAAAAGGAAAGGCUUUGGAACUAAUGUUUCAGUCACAAAUGCACUCAUUGACAUGUAUGCAAAGUGUGGGAACAUUGAUCUGGCCAAGGAUGUUUUUCAAAAAUUACCUCAUAAAAGUGUUGUAUCCUGGACAUCUAUAAUAGGGGCUUGUGCGUCUCAUGGUCAUGGAGAUGAUGCUCUCAUGUUUUUCUCCAUGAUGAAAGAAAAGGGUAUUAAACCAAACAAUUUCACUUUUAUAGCUGUUCUCAGUGCUUGUAGGCACUCAGGUCUAGUUGAUGAAGGGAGAAAGCAUUUUGAGAGCAUGAUUAAAGACUACUCCCUUGUCCCUGGUGUAGAGCACUAUGCUUGUAUGGUUGAUCUACUUGGUCGAGCUGGUUGUUUGUUAGAAGCUUAUAAAUUUAUUGAGAGGAUGCCGGUUGAGCCGGACGUUGGUAUUUGGGGAGCUUUACUUAGUGCUUGCAGGAUAUAUGGCAAUGUUGAGCUAGCUGAACUUGUGGCAGCCCAUUUGUCUGAGUUAGAUCCUCCCUAUGUUCUUAUGUUAAAUAUAUAUGCGGAAGCUGGUAGGUGGGAAGAUGAAGCUAGGUUGAGAAGUUUGAUGAGACAGAAGGAGUUGAAAAAAUUACCAGGGCAAAGUUUUGUUGUGGUCAAUCAAAGAUUGUAUACAUUUUUAUCAGGUUCAAGAUCCCAACUAGAGCUCCAACCAAUGCUGGCCUCAUGCUAA